AUGCCUCAGGAUAUGCCCCCAACGGGGGGCUAUGCGCAAGUCCAGUACAAGCGCAACGUGCCCACCCGUGGCUUUAAGCCCGUGUACUACAUGAUCGGCAUGCACGCCAUUAUGGCCUACGGCUUCUACAAGUACUUCCACGGUGUUCGUGAGCAACGUGAGCUCGCGCGUGAGAAGAUGUGGGGCCGCCUCUACCUCACUCCUCUUCUCCAGGCCGAAGAAGAUCGUGACCAGGUUCGCCGCUACUACGCCGACAAGGCCCGCGAGAAGGAGCUCCUUGGUGCUGAGCAGAAGGUCUACAACUCUGAGCGCUUCGUCCGCCCUACUUUCGUCUACACUCCCUCGAAGAUCACCCAAUAG